GCAAGCGAGCAAGACGGCUGCCUCUCAGGCCUGCCCUUUCCCCCUGGCAGAGAGCACCGGGCCAGGCCAGCCACUGCCACACCGCCUCCUUCCCUUCCCUUCGUGGUGACCCAGAGAAGCUGUCCACCAACCAGGCUGCCUUGGGAAGCUGCACAGAGAAGCCAUUUCCCGUCCACCUGCCCAAAGCACAAAAUGCUUCCCAAGGUACUGGUCCUGGUGGCCCUAGCCAUCCCCCACCUGCCCUGGAGCAGUGCACAGGACUGUCUGAGCAAGCAGCAAGUGGCCAACACUAUCAAGCAGAUGCAGAAACUCUUGUCCUCGCACGAGGCUGCCCAGUUGCAAAACAUGCGUAACCUCAAGAAGCAACUGACCCUUCUACAAGGCAAUAUCCAGAAGCAAAUGGUGAAGCAGAAUGAAAGCUGUACUCUCUUGCCGGUGCCCUUAAAUGGCAGGAGGCUGGGCAAGAAAACAGUUGUGGGUCACGACGUGCACUUCCUGUGUGGCCCUGGCUUCCUCCUGGUGGGCUCGGAGACACGGACAUGCCUGAACAACCGCACGUGGAGUGGACAGCAAACAUUUUGCAAAAGCAUCAAUGAUUGCGCCAGCAACCCCUGUGCCAAUGGUGGGACCUGCAUGGAUGGCACAGACCGCUAUAGUUGCUUGUGUCCCAGUGGCUGGUCGGGCACUACUUGCCAAGCUCCAGUUUAUUCCUAUUGGGCAACGCUGAGUAACUCGUCCUUUAGCCGCCAGCCCCGCUGUGCCGACAACCUACUGGGCUCACGCCAAUGCAGCUGUGACAGAGGCUUCCAAAUGCAGGCGGGAGGCAUUUGCCAAGAUGUGGAUGAGUGCCAACUUUUCCAGUCCAGCCGCUCCACUCGCAUCUGCCUCCACGAAUGCGUGAACGUACCUGGCUCUUACCGAUGCACUUGCCCGGAAGGUUACCAGCUCCAUACUGACAAGAGCACAUGCACUGAUGUGGACGAGUGUGCCGAGAACCAGCACAACUGCAGCCGGGGACAGAUGUGCAUCAACGUUUUCGGAGGGUUCCGGUGCGUGCGGCCCGAGUGCCCCAAGGCCCAACUCAACACCAGCUACGUCAAAACCUCUGCAGCGCAGUGCGAGCGGAGCCCUUGCCCCAUGGGCAGCAAGGCCUGCCAGAGAGCGGCCAACUCCAUUUCAUUCCACUACUUGCCUCUCCAGUCCAACCGCACGGCGCCUCGGGUCCUCUUCAAGAUGUCCACCAGCCGCUUUGUGGGAGACAGCCUGCGCUUCGCCAUCUUGGGGGGCAACAGCCAAGGGAUGCUUGUCGUGCAGCGGGCGGACCGCCAGACAGGGGAGCUGGUGCUCACCAGGCCAGCUGUGGGGCCGACUACGUUGGAGGCAGAGCUGGAAAUGAGCGAAUUUGCCCGAAAGAUCCUGCUAGGGAAGCACAUCUUCAGGGUCACAGUCUUCGUUUCACAGUAUGAAUUCUAAGCCCCGUCGCUGCAGAAUCCUUCCGGGUCGGGAAAAACAGCAGCAGCGGAAUUGGCAGAACUUGCAAGGGCGUGGCUGUAAGGCCAGAGACUCCCAAACGCUAUGCCAAGAGCCAAUUGUGGAAGGGGUUUGAGGCAUGCUUUGCAAAAUGAAAAAAACCCGUGUCAGAUGAACCUCCACCAAUGACCCUGGCUGGGGGGAAGCCAAUCCGGUUCGGACCCAUCUUCCCCUAGUACAUACUAUAACCUCAAGAGAAGGACCCACUGGUGAAGCAGCCCACGUUACACCUGGCAACUGCAGGGCCAUUCUGGACGUGUUGCUGUUGCCCAGGAAGCCCAUUCCUCUCUUUGAACCUUGGCAGAUUGGAAAAGGGGAGGAUGCAGGAAGCAGUACUAACCAGCUACCUUGCAGCUUUGAGGAUAAUGCCCGCCUAGUGUCCUGUGAGCUGACUGAGAAAGUACCUAUAUUAUUUUAAUAUAGAGUGAAGGGUGCCUCCAGUUUAAAUACUGAGCCAAGAGGAAAGGUGGGGCAUACAUAUUUUAUUACGAUCAAUCAAUCAAUCUAGUAAUCAGCCCUGGGCCUAGACAGAAGCAGAGAUAAUUUCUGGUAAUUCUCAUCUACUCCUCUACUCUUGGUUGGCUUUAAAAAAAUGCCCUAAAUAAAUAAAUGCCAAACUACAGAGAAGGCACCCGUUCAUAAAUCGUUAUGAUGCAUGAAAGGUGGACUGUGAGGAAGAGACAUGAGAACGCUGGCAACGGACCCGCAAGCUUUGCAAGUUGCAGACCUCGUUCUGAGUUUCUCAGCAUUAAAGAUAAACCUUUGUGGCUGAUCUCCAUUUUUAGCACUUCAAAUAGGCAGCCAGAAGAAGACUGGAAACAGCUCAGGCAGUUGGUUGUGGGCUAGUCCCCUUCGAGCCAUGAUGCAGCCACAGAAAGUACAAAUGGGCGCUUGCUCAACGUUUGGGAAAAAUGCCUCUCUCUCUACUUCUCCCUGCAGCUACAAGCUUUCAAGAGCUGGAAUAUUGUGGCUCUUUUCUAGGCAGCUCUUCCUGCAUUUGUUUUGGGCCUCAGCAAGGAGACACGCUCGAGGCUCUGGUUCCAUUCUAGUGGAGUUCUGCAAAAGGCAUGAUGCUAGCAUGAUACAAGAUGUAGAACAUGGGAAAUUUAAUGAAUUAUUAAAAAUAAUCAUCUUUGCUGUAUUGAUACCAGCUGUUUUUUAAAACAACUUUUUCACUAGCGUCUUGCAUGGAGAAGAUUAGGACUAGUGAACUUACACGUAAAAAUUAUAGCCUGAGGAACAUUUAUUAUUUUUUUAGAAAUUAUUGAAAGACAGAAGAACAAAGAGGAUGACUAGCCCUUGGCAGUCAAGUGGGGGGGAAGAACCCUGCUGUCUUAUUUUCCAAAUAAAGGCCGUUCCCACAUACCCUACUCCAGGCGAUGGAAGGGGUCUCUUGCAAUGAUGUGACUAGGGCUGGC